AUGUUAGGUAUAGCUCAUGCUCUUGGUGAGGGUGGUGAACGAAUGGUUCUGGUUGCCUAUGGCGGCAACGUUUCUAGUACCGAUGAUGAACGUGCUCGUUUCCUUGAUACUUCCGACCAGCUUCCCGAUCCAGCAGCUGGAAUCACUGCUCCAAAGAAUAAGCCCAGACCAACAAUGCACCGUGUUCGACAACUUCUCGUUUCCGCUAUUAUCAUUGCUUUGUUCGUAUUCUAUAUUCCACCUUUGACAUUCCUUGCUUCUUUGCUAAGUCCAAACACAAUCAAGAAGUACUUACCAGGUCUGUACGAUCUUUUACGCAAGAAUAGACGAUUAGAAGCACUGGUCAGCACCAACUUACCAUCCGUUGUUGUGAUAAUCGGAUUCAACGCUUUAUUACCUCUCAUCCUCGAAUGGACAGCAUGUCUACAAGGUAUCAAAGCGGCAAGUCAUUUCAGUUUGUCGUACGUGGUGUUCCAGUCAUCGACCAUCAUACCAUUGCAACUUCUACAAUUACCGGUCACGUUUGGUCGUGCGUUUGGUCGACUGACGGCAAAGACACCUCGUCAACAUGCUGAGCUAAAUGCUCCAUCUCUGCUAUACUCUGGAAAUAUAUAUCCUGCCGCUUCGAUGGUUUUCAUUUUGGGCGUUCUUUACAGCAUUGUCACACCAUUGAUCACCGUCUUUACAAUAAUCUACUUUGCUUUAGCAUAUUUGUUGCUAUUAUCGAAUUUGACGUUGCCUUUGAUCGCUUUCACGUUUUGGUUCCAGCAUUACCUCUCGCGAACAUUCACAGAAUUAAGCGAGUAUAUUAGCUUGAGCAGCAUUGCCGAAAUCAACAAGCCAAGUCUACAGCCAGGAACAGGAAAGACACAGGCAACGCUGGCACCAUCAGCAGAGAUCGCCAAUACCGUCGCCAAUAAUGGAUCAACGAAUGACAACAGUAAGAAGCAACUAAUUGAACAGCAAAGAAAUCCGAUUGCUGCUCUGCGAUCGGAAGCGUUGGAUGGAAUCGAUCCAAGUGAGACAGUAUUAUCACAAAAACGGUAUUCGACAAAAGAUGAAACAUUAUUCAUUGCACAAAAAGAUCGUCAUACAGAUUACAGAGAACCACCGGCAGCGGGCUACUAUUAUGGAAUCUUGAACACCGGGCGGAGACGGUAUGGACAUCCUGCCAUUGCUGGUACAUUGCCGGAUAUUUGGCCUCCAGUUUGUGUAGAUGACGACGACGAGAAAGAUGACAACGCGCAAGAUCAGAGCGUUUCUCAAUCAGACACUGCUGGUUUACCUGCCGAUAAUAGCGAUCGCGGAUCAUUGACGGGCGUUGGUAGUGUGCUGGGAAGAACACGAAGACAGAGCAGACCACACGAAGCUGUUGUGGUCUCUUUACGAAAGCGCAAAUCAACUUUGAUUUCUUCUUCAAGUCUGUCAAACGUCUCUGUGCAUAAUCAAAGACUGUCAUCGCAAGAAGCGGAUGGAUCGGGAAUAAGUGGAUUGCCAGCUUCUACCAGCACUUCUACCGAUGUAGCCGGUAAGACAUCCGUCACAUUCCCUCAACGAAAACAAAGACAGCCACAAGAUACCCUGGAUGGAUCAUGUGAAGAACCAGAGCAUCAGCAUGAAAAUCCAAGUCAAGUAUGGGGAGCAAGCAGAAGUCGUUUGCCGUCUACAGCAGAGCAAAUCGAGGAUGAAGGCAAAGAAUUGAUGAACCACAACAUCUUGAUACCGAUACCGGCGAUGAAGACGAAGAAGACGAAGAAGACGAAUCCGAAGAGACCGCGGGCGCGUCUGUAUGCAUCGUAACUUACGUCAAAUGAUGCCUCCAGGCUCAUUCCCUG